AUGCCCAUCACUGGCUCUCCCUCUGUUCCUGGCGGUGUUUUAAGUUCAGGGGGCGAGGAGUCCCCUCUCUCACAUGAACCAUGCACUGCCUCUGGACCUCAGCACUCGUACACACGCUCAUUCACUGCCUUUUCUUCAACAUAUGGACAUUUGACAAAGCCGCAGCGUUCAGCAUUAAGCAGGGAGGGGACAGAGGAGCUCCACCUGGAAGAAGUGGCUCAGUGGUGGGGUGAAUGGAGCAGCUGGUCGACCUGUAGCUGGACAUGCGGAGGAGGAGUUCGCUCGCAGGAGCGCCACUGUCUGCAGCAGAGGCUCACUAGCACACACAACAUUAACAGUUCCUUCUGUGUUGGAUCGCCUAAGCGGUAUCAACUGUGUACAAACCAGCCAUGCCCGAACAGCAGAAUUAGCUUCAAACAACACCAGUGCUCCCAGUUCAACUCUAAAGCCUUUAGCAGGAAACAUUAUGAAUGGGUUCCUCUCUAUCCAGAUGAUUACAUCAGCAUUUCCAGUAAGCCGUGUGAUCUGCAGUGCACCACCACUACGGGAGAGAGACAGCUAUUGGUUCCGGCACACGACGGGACCUUUUGCAGGAAUGGUGUCUUCAAGGGCAUCUGCAUUGAGGGCCACUGCCAGGUGGUGGGUUGUGAUGGGAAACUGUACUCCAGUAAAUCUGUAGACAGAUGUGGCGUCUGCGGUGGAAGCGGUGACACCUGUUACCGGAUCUCAGGAUCUUUCCGAAAAGGGAUCACACAGUUAGGAUAUGCCUUUAUAACUAACAUACCUGUUGGAGCAACAGACAUCCAGAUCGUCGAGCGCAGGAAGACUGAAAACAUCUUGGCUCUGUCUGAUGAAGCUGGCCAUUUCUUCUUUAAUGGCAACACUGUAAUCGACAACCCACGCAACUUCCCUAUAGCAGGAACAGUGUUUAAGUACCGGAGGCCAGUUACUCUGUUCUCAGAUGGUUUUGAGUACAUCAUGGCCCAGGGUCCUACCCAGCAGGGCCUGAACGUCAUGUAUUAUAACCUUAAUGGAAAGAUGCCACACAUCACAUAUGAGUACACGGUGCCUCGCGUGUCCUCCACUCCGGCAUCCUUCACACAGGACCAGCACCCAAUCAGCAGCAUGAUGGCCAAUACCUCCUAUCCGCAGCUUCCCAUUACCGGGAACGAGGUGGAAGAUCGCAGAGAGAAGAGCGAGGGUACAACCCUGGACCAUAAGGGGACCAUGGAGGCACGUGGAGAUGUUCGGUGGGAGCACCAGGCUCCGUGUAACCUCAGUGAAAACUCUGAGGCGUUACGCCUUAGAGAGUCUGGAAAGCAGGAUAGCUUUGGGUCCAAACUUGAACUGAUUGAAGGCGACUCCUCUAUUGUGAACAAUGAGACCCAGGCCAUGGUGAAGAGUGUGAGGAACAAACUGUAUAAGCUGCUGUCUUGUGCAGAUGGUACGUCCAUCUCUGACUGUUCUACACUAAAGCCGAACUCCAGCUCCCCCAUGAAGAAGAACUUGGCUCUGCAGAUUCAUACCACGAGCCAGAGAGAGCACAAGUUCAAGCCUGGGUUGAACAGCACCUCGCAGAGCAGAGCUCAACUUCUCCAACUCCAGCAGGGGGCACCAGAGCACCUCCCACUCACUGACAGUAAUGAGUUUGAGGUGGUGUCUCUUGACCAUGACGUCAGUCCGGCAGGAGUGUACAGAUGGAAGGUAUCUGCGUACGCACCCUGCAGUUCAUCUUGUACCACAGGUAUCACCACAGCAUAUGCUUUGUGUGUAAGAUACGAUGGUUCUGAAGUUGAUGAGAGUUACUGUGGUGCUUUGACACGACCUGAGCCCACAUACGAGUUCUGCACAGGCCGAGAGUGUCUGCCCAGGUGGGAGACGAGCCGCUGGAGCGAGUGCUCACGGACAUGCGGUGAGGGCUUUCAGUUUCGGACUGUGCGCUGCUGGAAGAUGAUGGCACCAGGUUUCGACAGCUCUGUGUAUGAUGAUCUGUGCCAUGGCGCUGAACUGCACAAGCCCAUGUCACGCAAAUCCUGCCGGACCAAAUCCUGCGGCCCUCAGUGGGAGGUGUCGGACUGGUCUGAGUGCUCAGCACGGUGUGGGCGCCGUGGUGUGAGGAGCAGGGAGGUGCGCUGUUCCAUGGAUACUCGCAUGUGUAACGAGUCCACACGUCCCCCCAAUCAAAGGGAGUGUGACGGACCUCCAUGUGACCGCAGGUGGACUGUCUCGGACUGGGGACCGUGCUCAGGGCCAUGUGGAGAAGGCCGCAUGAUGCGUUACGUGGUGUGUAAGAGCGGGAAUGGAAAGGUCAUCUCUGAUGGUCACUGUGAUCGGGAGCUGAAGCCCCUCACCGUGCAGCCGUGUGGAGCCCCAAACUGCCUCGCACACUGGGUAGAGCAGGAGUGGGAACGGUGUAAUGCGACAUGUGGGCGUGGGGUAAAGAGCAGGCAGGUGGUGUGUGCCGGGCUUGAAGCUGGAGUGUUUAAGGAGUUUCUUGAUCAUGCAUGUGCUCACUCGCCCAAACCCGAGGAGAGGGCACCAUGCUUCGAGAGGCCUUGCUCCAAAUGGUUCACCACCUCCUGGUCUCAGUGCAGUAAGACAUGUGGAAGUGGUGUGAGAGUGAGGGAAGUCAGGUGUUACCAGGGAGAGGAGAUCGGCCACAGCUGCGACUCCACACUGAAACCUCAGGCCAGACAGAGCUGCGAGGUACAGGCUUGUCCUACUGAGGCACCAGCAGAGGAUGUUUGUGAGGACAAAGCGACAGCAAACUGUGCCUUGGUGUUGAAAGUAAAGCUCUGCACACACUGGUACUACAGGAAGGCCUGCUGUCUGUCCUGCAAGACCAAAGGUCACUAAAGAGCUGCUGAACCCAAACUGGGCCAUUCCACUCAAUGUGAAGAACCCCAACUGUACACAUCUAUUCACAUGCACUGUAUCUCUAUGACCCUAAACUGUUACCCCAAAUUUCUAGACCCCCACACCAGCUGGAUGUAAUCUUCCUAUAGCUAUUGUACAUAUGGCAACCUGUGAUCAACAAACUACACUAAUUAUGCCUAAAACCUUAAUUUAUAACUAGUUAUUAAAAAGCAUCCUAACAUGUUAUACCAAGAAACUACACAUGGAAGUUUUGGGUAUUUGGUAUACUGAUCUAGGAAUUAUUGCCCACUGUGUGU